CCCUCGGACGGUGAUGGUCCUGCGUCUCAGGUGUGUCAGCAGUGCUGCCAGGGACCUGCUGCAAUACCCGGCAUACCAGGUCUGCAGAAGGGUCAGCCAGGGGAGACACCAGACGACUCCAACCAGCGGGUGGCAUUCACCGUGGUGAGGACGAGCCACUCGGAUACCUCUACGAGUCACCACACCCGUUUGCCAUUCCAGCAGGCCGAGACCCUUUUGCCGGGUACCAGCUUCGAUCUCGAGACCGGCACGUUCACAUGUAGUGUGCCGGGCAUCUACGUAUUUACGUUUUCUGUUCUUAAGUAUAGCAACAGCGAUGUCCUUUACAUCCAUCUUGUUAAAAACAACUCCAAGGUUAUCAGUACCUAUUGUCACUCAAAUCAACGUGGUCAGUUGUCUGGGAGCGCGGUGCUGGUUCUGCAGCGAGGAGACACGGUGUAUCUUACCAUGUACGGUAGGGUUCGGAGUUUUUCGACCGAACACUACACCUCAUUCAGUGGCUUCCUCCUU